AUGGUCGUGGGUCAGGACCAGCGGCUGUUCGCAGCCCACGAGGAUGUAUUGUCCAUCUCUCCAUUCUUUCGCACCGCCCUGAAGGAGAAAUCUCUGGAUGACGGUCCAAAGCAGCUGGCUCUACCUGACGAAGAACCAGAGAUCCUUUCGUGCGUCCUCGAGUAUCUGUACAAGGGUGACUACUACCCACGCCUACUGCGUGGGAAGCGUCGAGACUCUUGGUACCUCGAGAACGCCCAGGACCCUCACCAAACCGGAGGCUGCGGGUCGAGUGAGGCGACGUUCUUCCACUCUGGUGUGAAGGAUAUCGUGCUCCGGGACACCGUGGUGUACUGCGCUGCCGAGAAAUAUGGCCUGGAAGAAUUGAAGGACAUUGCUCUUCGCAAGCAAGGACUUCAAAUCGGUAUUCCGGCUGAUGUGAUCUUGCGAUCUGCUCGGUAUGCGUACGACCACACCCCGGACACCGAAUCUCGACUGCGCGCUCAUUACCUGGCUCUCAUUAUUCGAAGUCGCAAGACAUUCAAGAGAAGCGGGACUAUGCAGAUGGAAAUGGAGAAUGGUGGCAAGCUGUUUUUUGAUCUGUUCGUGGCAAUGUGCAACCACAUGGACGAUCUUGCGGAGAUUAGGUAG